UUAUAAUUUUAAGCGAAGUUUAAUUGAUAAAUAAGUAUUGUAACUGAGCAAAUUAUGAAGCCAAUUAGUGAAAUGAGGGCUGUGAAAUUCACCGAGUCGAAUUACAUCAAGCCAUUUUCUUUGAUGUUUAAGCAAGGAGAAAAAGACAUUAAAUGGGACUUGAUGGAUUGCCACGAUGGUGUUUUUAUUAUAAUUUACAACAGAAACAGAAAUACUUUAGUAUGUGUGAAACAAUUUCGACCGGCUGUGUACUAUAAAUGUAUCCCGGCUUUUGAUAGACCUGCAGAAGGACCAAUUGAUACUGAGAAGUAUCCACCUACAAAUGGGUUAACAGUAGAAUUUUGUGCUGGUAUUGUAGACAAAAACAAAUCCUUAGAAGAAAUAGCUGUUGAUGAAGUACGAGAAGAAUGUGGCUACGAAAUCAAAGUUUCAGAUUUACAAAAAAUCAUUAGUUGCAGAUCCGGCUUAAGCAUUACAGGAACAACUCAAACAUAUUUUUACACAGAAGUGACUGAUCAUAUGAAAGUUUCUGAUGGAGGUGGCGUUGAAAAUGAAGGAGAAGACAUUGACGUCGUGGAAUACACUAUUCCGCAAAUAAGAGAUAUUGUUACACAAUCCGAUGUAUUAAACGGAUCAACUAGUCUUCUUUUUGGCCUAAUGUGGUUUUUAACAAAUAAAAUAGUCCUGAACAUGUGA